CAAAAUAUCCACAAAGGUGGGAGUUAAGCAGCUAUCUGGGAAUACUCUGCCGCUCUGACAACUAAGUUCCUCGAGACUGUAAAUACAAAACACGUUUGUAACGCACUUACGUUUAUGAAAGAUCAGUAGUGACGGCAGCACGCGUUCACGGAACCACGCGGAAAUUGUCUUAGGCAGUGUUUUCAUUCCUUCGUUGCGAUGUUGCUGGUUUAAGCUGAGAGGUUUAAGUUUUCAGCGUUUGGGGAGAGCUGAAACCACAGCAUGCUUUUUCUGCUUGCCUGUAGGUUACUGAACAGUGAUGUCUGAAAGUGGAUUUGGUUCAGACCCAGGUACUCCUGGUGGAGUACGACCAGCUCUUACUGCUGGACGGGGGCUGUUUGGAAGGAAGACUCCUACUGCCGUAAAUCCAGGUCGUCUGCCAUCCAUCCGCUCCAGGGAUCUAACUCUUGGUGGAGUUAAAAAGAAAACAUUUACACCUAAUAUUAUCAGCAGGAAAGCCAAGGAAGACCUGAAAGAUGAUGCAUUUCAGAAGAAAGAAAAGAAGGGAAGAGAACGUGAGAAUCAGCGUGAUGGCCGUGGUAGAGGACGGGGAAGACCAGAGGUUAUCCAGUCUCAUUCCAUCUUUGAGCAAGGACCAGCAGAAAUGAUGAAAAAGAAAGCUGGCUGGGAUAACACUGUAGAUCUGGGUGACCUUGGUCCUUCACAUAUCAUCAAUAUAAAGAAAGAGAAGAGGGAGACGGAGGAAGAGACUAAGGAGAUUCUUCGCAUGCUACAGAAGGACAAUUUUCUUGAUGACCCUGGACUCCAGAAUGACUUACGAAGUACUCCAGUUCAGUUGCCACUGUCACAGUCUGGCUGGCUGUUCAAGGAAGAAAGUGAAGAGGAAGAUAUUAAGCCUCCACUGCAGAAGCCAAAGGUGGAGAGUAUGGAAGUGCAGUUCCCAAAAGUGAAAGUGAAAGAAGAACCGCCUGAUGAGGCUGACAUAAAGAGUGACGUCUUGUCCCAAAAGCCAGGGCAUGUUAGGAAGGCACCUCCAGUUGUGAAGGACAUUGAGGUAGCUGAACUUUUGAAAGAGCUUAGCAUAACUAAAGAAGAAGAAGUUCUUUUCUUUCAACUACCUGACACCCUUCCUGGGCAGCCUCCAACACAGGACACAAAGCCAGUCAAGACUGAAGUGCAGCGAGAAGAUGGACAAAUGGUGCUGCUAAAGCAGGAGAAGAGCCAGGAAGCAAAAUUUGCAGAAAAUGUAUGUACUCUUUCUGACCUUGCAGAGGGACAGAUUGGGAAAAUGCUUAUUCGCAAAUCAGGCCAAGUUCAGCUGGUACUGGGGCAAGUUACACUGGAUAUCACAAUGGGAACACCUUGCUCAUUUUUACAGGAGCUGGUAUCAGUUGGAGUUGGAGAAGCACGGAAAGGAGAGAUGAUUGUACUUGGACAUGUGAAACAUCGUUUGGUGUGUUCUCCAGACUUUGAGUCAUUACUGCUGCAGAGGUAGUGAGGGUCGAAUAUAAAUCUGUGGCUGGGGCCUGUUGUGAAACUGAUGAAGCCAACAAAUCUUUCACAUUUGUUCUGGGGAUUGUGAGAUAUUCUGAACAAUAAGCUGAGUUGUGCUUCUUUAGUACACAGUAUUAAACACAUUUCUACUGUAAUGCAAUAUACUGGGAAUUUGUUAUACAGCCACAACAAGGCAUGUGGAUUUCAUUGGGCGAUACUUCACUACAGGAUUCAUACAAAUAAGUGUGUGUUUUCAUCCUUGCUGCCAUCCUAGAGGUUCAAAGGAGAAGAAACUAAGUGCAGUUAAACACUAGAAAACAGUGCACAAAGCUUUUUGCAUACAGUUGUACUAGAAAGGAAUGCUGCCACAUCAGUUUUGUCCUUUGUGUCAAGGAAGAUGAUAUCCUAUUCCAGCACUGACUUUUGCUUUGGGAAGAAAUCAUCCCUCCUUGCGUAUUGAUAGUACUUCAUCAUAUUGUUCUGGUGGCAGCUAUCAGUAGGAACACUCACUUCUUGCACAGAAAUGUACCACAUCAUGCUAAUGCAGUCUCUCAUUCAUGUGGGACAUAAGAACAACAAUUCAGCCGUACAUUUAUACAGCAGCAUAGGCAGGGUUAUGCCAGGCUUUCAUCAGCGUCAGUCAGUAUUACUGCUUCAUAUUCCUGAAGUUGGUCAGAGGGUGGUGCGCCUCUUGUCUAACAUCCUCUUCUGUAGGAUUUUUAUUACUGUGAUAUAAUCACAGCAUGUUUUACUUGUCCCAUUCUGUCUCUGUGGUAAUGCCCAUUUUUCUUGGUUAUGAACAGUGUGGUGGGCUGUGUAUCAGAUGAACCAGAGCCAUCUUUCCUAUUACAGGUCUGUAUUCAGACUGUGGCGAUGGUACAGAACAUUUAUUGAUGCAUUACAGUCGGGGAAAAUGCUACCUACUCACAGCAAUGCCUGUAUUCCCUAUUUGCCAUUUCCAUGGUAGUACACUGCACCAGGAAUAUCAUGCAGAAGUACAUUGAAUGGAUGGACUGAUGUCUUCAGUUGGACAUGUGACAAUGUGCAGCCUGACAUUAAUUAGCCCUUAUGCUGCUUCACUGACAAAAUAUAUGAAGAGUACUUUUAAAAAUACAUUUAAAAGUAUUUUGAGAGGUUCAUUUGUAAAUAAAUCUGUUGAUAUUCUU